CUCCCCGGUUGGCCUUUUGGUCUCUCAUCUCAACCAAGCACUAUCGGGGUUCUUCCAAUGGCCUCUCGCUAAAUUCCCGUCAUUAUUCCCAAGGACAAGGUCCUUUUUUCUUUUUUCUUUUUUUUAAAAAUUGGAUAGAAAGAAGAGAGAAACAGAGAGAACCAAAAACCCAAGAGGGGAGAAACCGAGCUACACAUACUCGAGGAAGAGAGAAAUUUUAUAUAAAUUUUUUUUAAAAAAAAUACAAAGAUGGCACGUGUCGCAUUGUUAUUGGCGGUCCUAUCAGUGAUGGGGCUCAUGGCCGUGCAUGCGGAGGAUCCGUACCUGUACUUUACGUGGAACGUGACGUACGGCACGAUCUCGCCGCUCGGAGUUCCCCAACAAGUGAUCCUCAUCGACGGUCAGUUCCCGGGCCCCAACAUCAACUGCUCCAGCAACAACAACAUCGUCAUCAACCUCUUCAACUACCUCGACCAACCCUUCCUCCUCUCUUGGAACGGUAUCCAGCACAGGAAGAACUCGUGGCAGGACGGGAUGCCGGGGACCAACUGCCCGAUCCUCCCCGGCCAGAACUUCACGUACCACUGGCAGCCCAAGGACCAGAUCGGCAGCUACUUCUACUUCCCCUCCCUCGCCUUGCACAAGGCCGCCGGCGGCUUCGGCGGCCUCCGCGUCAACAGCCGCCUCCUCAUCCCCGUCCCCUUCGACCCCCCCGCCGACGACUUCACCGUCCUCGUCGGCGACUGGUACACGAAGAACCACAACGUCCUCCGCCGCCUCCUCGACUCCGGCCGCAGCAUCAACCGCCCCGCGGGCGUCCUCAUCAACGGCAAGUCCGGCGAGAAUGACAAGGAGCCGCUCUUCACCAUGGAGGCCGGCAAGACGUACCGCUACCGCAUCUGCAACGUCGGGCUGAAGACCUCCCUCAACUUCCGGAUCCAGUCCCACACGUUGAAGCUCGUGGAGAUCGACGGGUCGCACACCGUCCAGAACGUCUACGACUCGCUCGACGUGCACGUCGGGCAGUGCUACUCGGUGCUGGUGGCCGCCGACCAGCCGGUCGGGGACUACUACAUCGUCGCGUCGACGCGGUUCAUGAAGACGGUGCAGACCGCCACUGCAGUGAUCCGGUACGUCGGUUCGAGCACGCCGCCGUCCCCGGUGCUCCCCGAGGCGCCGGUCGGCUGGGCCUGGUCGCUGAACCAGUGGCGGUCCUUCCGGUGGAACCUCACCGCCAGCGCGGCCCGCCCGAACCCGCAGGGGUCCUACCACUACGGCAGCAUCAACAUCACCCGCACCAUCAAGCUCGCCAACAGCCGAUUCCCCGCCGACGGCAAGCUCCGCUUCGCCCUCAACGGCGUCUCGCACGUCGACCCAGAGACGCCGCUCAAGCUCGCCGAGUACUUCAACGCCUCCGACGCGGUGUUCAAGUACAACCUCAUCGCCGAUGAGCCCCCCACCGCCGGCGCCCCCCUGACCGUCGCCCCCAAUGUCCUCACCGCCGAGUUCCGCACGUUCAUCGAGAUCGUCUUCGAGAACCCGGAGAAGAGCAUCCAGUCCUACCACUUGGACGGUUACUCCUUCUUCCCUGUCGGGAUGGGGCCGGGGAAGUGGACGCCGGAGAGCAGGAAGGGGUACAACCUCCUCGACGCGGUGAGCAGGCACACGAUCCAGGUGUACCCGGGGUCGUGGACGGCGAUCAUGCUGACGUUCGACAACGCGGGGAUGUGGAACCUGCGGUCGGAGAUCUGGGAGAGGCACUACCUCGGCCAGCAGCUCUACAUCAGCGUCGUGUCGCCGGCGCGGUCGCUGCGUGACGAAUACAACAUGCCCGAUAACGCAUUCCGCUGCGGCGCGGUCGUCGGGCUCCCGCUCCCUCCGUUGUACGUUUGAGCGCGGCGCCGUGAGCAACCAGCGAGCCCUGCCAAGAAGAAGAAGAAGAUGAUCUUAUGUUUGGUUAAUUUUGAAGCAUGGUUGGCUGGUUGUGAUGUAACCUGGAGCUCUCUCAAUAGUAAUGGAAAACUUUAUUCAAUUGAUCUUUAUAUUUGGUUACUUUUGAA